CUUUAUUUUUUUGUGCAAAUAAACUUUCACUGACAUAUGAAACAUGUCGUCAAGAAGAGAAGAAGAUACUUUGUGCUUCUUUAUUAACGGGAAAAAGGUAACAGAGAAGCAUGCCGACCCUGAGACCAUGCUGUUGUCCUUCCUCAGAGAAAAGUUGAGGUUAACCGGGACAAAGUCGGGCUGCGGUGGUGGAGGAUGCGGGGCGUGCACGGUGAUGGUGUCCCGAUACCAACCUGCUACCAAAACCAUCAAUCAUUUCUCCGCCAACGCCUGCCUGCUGCCGCUCUGCCAGCUUCACGGAGCCGCCGUCACCACGGUGGAGGGCAUCGGCAGCACCAAGACACAAAUCCACCCUGUGCAGGAGCGGAUAGCGAAGGCUCACGGCUCUCAGUGCGGCUUCUGCACGCCGGGGAUGGUGAUGGCGAUGUACGCGCUGCUGAGGAACAAACCUCAACCCAACAUGGACGACAUCACGGAGGCUCUGGCUGGGAAUCUGUGUCGCUGUACUGGAUAUCGACCGAUCGUAGACGGCUGCAGGACUUUCUGUCAGGAGACAAACUGCUGCAAAGUGAACGGAAACGGAAACUGCUGCAUGAAUAGAGGAAAUCAAACUGAUGAAACCGAGCGAGAGCCGCCACAGCUGUUUGACAAAGACGAGUUUCUUCCCCUGGACCCGACGCAGGAGCUGAUCUUCCCUCCUGAACUGAUCCUGAUGGCAGAAAAAGAAACCCCGCAGACCCUCACCUUUGACGGGGAGAGGAUCCGCUGGGUGUCCCCCGUCUCUCUGGAGGAGCUGGUGCUGCUGAAGACGGAGAACCCCAAAGCUCCACUGGUUAUGGGAAACACCAACAUCGGUCCAGAUAUAAAGUUCAAAGGCGUCUUCCAUCCUCUGAUAAUCUCUCCGACCCGAGUUCUGGAGCUGUUUGAGGUCUCUCACACACCAACAGGAGUUUGGGUUGGAGCCGGCUGUACUCUGGCCGAGCUUCGGUCCCUCCUGCAGAAACUAGUUCCUCAGUUUCCGGAGGAGAAAACCGAACUGUUCCGAGCUCUGAUCCAACAGCUGGGGAACCUGGGAAGUGUCCAGAUAAGAAACGUAGCUUCUCUCGGGGGUCAAGUCAUCAGUGCGUAUCCAAACUCCGACCUGAACCCCGUUUUGGCUGCCGGGAGAUGCAAAGUGAGCGUCAUUUCAAACGGAGGAAGACGAGAGGUUCCUCUGGAUCAAGAUUUCUUUGUGAGCUUUUGCAAAACCAUCCUGAAGCCGGAGGAGAUCAUCGUCUCCGUUUUCAUCCCCUUCACCAGAAAGGGGGAGUUUGUUCGAGUCUUCCGGCAGGCUCCGAGGAAGGAGACGUCCUUCGCCACGGUGACGUCGGGGAUGCGAGUGUUUUUCUCGGAGGGCUCCAGAGUCGUUCAGGACGUCAGUGUUUACUACGGAGGGAUGGGAGCGACCACCUUGAGCGCUUCCAAAACCUGCGCAGCCAUCGCCACAAGGCCAUGGGACGAGGAGACCCUCAGCCGGGCCUACGACGUCCUCCUGGACGAGCUGGUCCUCCAUCCGUCGGCUCCUGGAGGAAAAGUGGAGUUUCGUCGCUCGUUGUCGCUCAGCUUCCUUUUCAAGUUCAACCUGGAGGUCCUGCAGGAGCUCAGAGAGAUGAAUGUGAUUAAAGAAGAGCUCCCAGAGAAGAUCCAGCCGUUACCCCGAGACAUCCAGCCCGGGCUGCAGGAGUUCCAGCACGUGUCAAAGGGUCAGAGCGAGCAGGACCCAGUGGGACGUCCCAUCAUGCAUCGCUCUGCCAUCAGCCAGGCGACGGGCGAGGCCGUUUACUGUGACGACAUGCCGCACACAGACGGGGAGCUCUUCCUGUCCCUGGUCACCAGCGCGCGAGCACACGCUAAAAUCAUCGGGCUGGACGUGAGCGAGGCUCUGAGGCUGCCCGGUGUCGUCAACGUCAUCACGGCCGAAGAUAUUCCCGGGGUAAAAGUGCGGGAGUCGUUUGGCUAUCAGGAGGAGCUGCUGGCUCAGAGCGAGGUGUCGUGUGUCGGUCAGAUUGUGUGUGCGGUGGUCGCUGAUACGAGGGAACACGCCAAACGAGGAGCUUACGCCGUCAAGAUCAGCUAUGAAGACCUGCCCGACCCGGCGUUCACUGUAGAGGAGGCCGUGGAGAAGUCGUCUUUCUUCGAGCCUCAGAGGAAACUCGAGAGAGGAAACGUGACUGAAGCGUUUCAAACUGUCGAUCACAUUUAUGAAGGUGAGGUCAGAAUGGGCGGUCAGGAACAUUUCUACAUGGAGACGCAGAGCAUGCUGGUCGUUCCUGUCGGGGAGGAGACCGAGUUCAACAUUUACGUCUCCACUCAGUGGCCCUCGUUAACGCAGGAGACAGUCGCAGAGACGCUGGGCAUCCCGUCCAACAGAGUCACCUGUCACGUCAAAAGGAUGGGUGGAGCUUUUGGAGGGAAGGUCACCAAAACAGCCAUACUCGCCGGCAUCACGUCCGUGGCUGCGUGGAAGACCAAUCGUGCGGUGCGCUGCGUCCUGGAGCGAGGAGAGGACAUGUUGAUCACAGGAGCUCGCCACCCGGUCCUGGGAAAAUACAAAGUGGGUUUCAUGAAGGAUGGAAGGAUCGUGGCUGCAGAUUUACAGUACUACACCAACGCCGGCAACGUGGUCGAUGAGUCUCUUCUGGUUGCAGAGAAAAUUGUUCUCCACAUGGACAACGCCUACAACAUUCCCAACCUGCGAGGCAGCGGCGCCGCCUGCAGGACCAACCUGCCCUCCAACACGGCCUUCAGAGGUUUCGGCGUCCCGCAAAGCCUCUUAGUCGUGGAGAACAUGAUUAACGACGUGGCCAUGGUGCUGGGACGCCCUGCAGACCAGAUUCGAGAGAUCAACAUGUACAAGGGGCCGUCAGUCACCCACUACAAGUUUGAGUUCAGUCCGGAGAACAUGCUGCGCUGCUGGGAGGAGUGUAAGGUCAAGUCUGAGUACAGCGCCCGCCGCAGAGCCGCCGACCAGUUUAACCAGCAGAGCCGCUGGAAGAAGAGAGGGAUGUCCAUCAUCCCCAUUAAAUACGGGAUCGCAUUCGCAGAGAGCUUCUUAAAUCAGGCUGCAGCUCUGGUUCACAUCUACAAAGACGGCUCUGUUCUCGUCACUCAUGGAGGGACGGAGAUGGGUCAGGGGAUCCACACCAAAAUGCAGCAGGUUGCGAGUCGGGAGCUUCACAUCCCCUCGAAGAUCUACAUCAGUGAAACCAGCACCAACACGGUCCCCAACACCUGCCCGUCUGCGGCCUCCUUCGGCACCGACGCCAACGGCAGGGCUGUCCAGAAUGCCUGCCAGACUCUGUACCAGAGACUUAAGCCAAUCAGGGAGAAGAAGCCCAAAGGAUCAUGGGAGAGUUGGGUCAAUGAUGCAUUUUUUGAGAAGAUCAGUUUAUCAGCCACUGGAUUCUACAGAGGUCCAGACCUGUACAUGGACUGGGAGAAGAUGGAGGGUCAGCCCUACGCGUACUUCACGUUUGGAGCGUGCUGCAGCGAGGUGGAGCUGGACUGUCUGACAGGAGACUACAGGACGGUGAGGACGGACAUUGUGAUGGACAUCGGGAGAAGUGUGAACCCCUCGGUGGACAUCGGACAGAUUGAAGGAGCGUUCAUGCAGGGUUUGGGUCUCUACACGAUGGAGGAGCUGAAGUUUUCCCCCUCCGGCGUCCUGUACACUCGAGGUCCGUCUCAGUAUAAAAUCCCCGCCGUGUGUGACGUGCCGCUUCAAUUCAACGUUUUCCUUCUGUCAGACACGCACAACCCGCACGCCAUCUACUCCUCCAAGGGUAUUGGAGAACCCGUCCUCUUCCUCGGCAGUUCAGUCUUCUUCGCCAUCAAAGACGCGGCGGCUGCGGCGCGCUCGGAGUCUGGUUUAGUCGGCCCGUUUACUCUGAACAGCCCGGCAACACCAGAGAAGGCCUGCAUGGCCUGUGCAUCCCCGUUCACUCAGAAGAUUCCAGCCAGUAAACCGGGAUCUUUCAAACCGUGGGCCUUAAACAUCUAAACUUUACCGUGUUUUUACUUUUGUGUUUCUUCAAAAUAAAGCUCGGCUGAAUGAAA